GGUACAUGGAACAACCAAGACUUCUAUGCUCAUGCCCUUCAAUGCUCCUCUUCCUCCCCACUCUACUUUACUUCAGUCGGCCUCUGUCGCACAGCGCAGCGUCUUCUUUUCUUUUAAAAAACGUCUCGCGCUGCCCUUUUUCUACUACACCUAAAGUCAUCACAUCUCCACGUAAGUCGUGUUUUCUGCACCAUGACGAUGUCCCUUCAAGCCUCCGCCUUGAGUCGUCGGUAUGUUCGCUGCAGCGCAAGUUUACCCCUCCAAAAUCUCAUCCAGCCACAGCGGGGCGGGGUACCACGGCAACAUUAUUGACGAUGGAACGUCGAUCUGCAUCUGAAUCUGCCAAAAUCGGAAACAUCGUGAGUUCUUCAUUGUGGACUUGGUCACGAUACUGGGCCCCGUUCGAUUCAUGCCCUGCAUACCUGCAGCCGUGCCGUCUCGUUGGCAGCUAGCCCAUUUUCACUAUAUAAAAUGGUAAAGUUCCCAUAUCAUUCUCCUUUCUUCCCUGCCUCUUUUCCCUGCCUUGUUGUUGUCAUAGCCAUGCAGACAUCCUCUUAAGCUUAAAUAUUUCUUCGUUUUGCAUAAUUACCUCCUACGCCCAUUCUUUUUACACACGCAGCAAUCAUGUCGGUCGAAGGACGAAAAUGGUGGAAAGACGGAACUGUAUACCAAAUCUACCCCGCCAGCUUCAAAGACUCCAACGAUGACGGUCUAGGCGAUGUACCUGGCAUAAUUUCCAAAAUCGAUUAUCUAAAGGAGCUCGGAAUCGACAUUGUUUGGGUCUCGCCCAUGUACGAUUCACCACAGCAUGAUAUGGGUUACGAUAUCUCGAAUUACGAAGCCGUUUACGCCCCAUAUGGCACGGUGGCGGACAUGGAGAACUUGGUCGAAGCAUGCCAUUCUCGCGGCAUGAAACUUAUCCUUGACCUCGUCGUCAAUCAUACCAGCGAUGAACACGCGUGGUUCAAGGAAUCACGAAGCUCAAAGAACAACCCAAAAAGAGAUUGGUACAUAUGGAAGCCGGCAAAGUAUGCCGCGGAUGGAACUCGCAUGCCUCCAAAUAACUGGCGAAGUUUCUUCAGUGGUAGUGCAUGGCAAUGGGACGAAACUACUAGCGAAUACUACCUGCAUCUAUUCGCCACCCAGCAACCAGAUCUCAAUUGGGAAAACGUGGAAACUCGACGAGCUAUAUAUGAUUCCGCCAUGGAGUUCUGGUUGAAGAGGGGUGUGGAUGGGUUUCGAGUCGAUACCGUCAAUAUGUAUUCCAAGGGUAAUGAGCUUCCAGAUGCCCCAAUCAUCGACAAAGGCAUCUAUGAACAACCUGCUCAUACUCAUUUCUGCAAUGGACCGCGAAUGCAUGAGUUCCUUCGCGAAAUGAACUCGCAGGUUUUGUCCAAGUAUGACACCAUGACUGGUAGGUGUUGUCGAGUUUCUUUUUCCUCUUCCUGUGUACACAAUGAGUCUGGCAAGCCUUUUCCUCCUUAGCCUGUCUUGGUAGCUCGAUAAUUGAUAAGAUCAGAGAUGCUGACUAUGAUGUCUUUGCAGUGGGCGAACUUCCUUACACGCCUGAUCCUGCCCAUGUUCUUCGGUACGUUGGGUCGGGAGAUAAGCAAUUAGACAUGAUCUUUCAAUUUGAUAUUGUCGACCUGGGAAUGGGUGAGACACAUAAAUAUCAGUACAAGGAGUGGCAAUUGCCUGCGAUGAAGGAAGUUGUGCGCAAGUGGCAACAGUUCAUUGCUAAUACCGAUGGCUGGACGACAGCCUUUUGCGAAAACCAUGACCAGGGUCGUUCUGUCUCCAGAUUCACCUCUGACUCUCCUCAGUGGCGAGAGCGUUCUUCCAAAAUGUUGGCUAUUAUGCUUUCCGCAAUGACAGGCACUCUGUUUGUCUACCAAGGCCAAGAAAUUGGAAUGAUCAAUGCCCCGGCUGAAUGGGGCAUUGAAGAAUACAAAGACAUUGAAAGUACCAACUACUACAACGAAAUUGCAUCACGGACAAACAACGACUCGGAAGCUUUGGCAGAUGUUAUGAGGUCACUCCAAAUUCUUGCUAGAGAUCAUGCGAGGUUACCAAUGCAGUGGGAUUCAACGCCCUUUUCGGGUUUCACUGGCAAAAAAGACGGCGCCUGGAUGCGCACUCACGACCUGUACAAGGAGAUCAAUGUCGCGGCCCAAGUCGUCGAUCCAAACUCGGUUCUGAAUUUCUGGAAAAAGAUGCUCAAGAUACGGAAGGAGCAAAAGGAUCUGUUCGUCUGCGGUGUCUAUGAAGAGUUCCAGAUGGACAACCAAGAAACUUUUAUUUUUGGGAAGAAAUUUGGAGAGGAGAGAGCUAUCGUAGCUUUGAACUUUACCGACGAGGAGCAAGUGUUCCAACGCCCAGAAGUUCGAGGAGAGAUGAAACUUUUGAUCAGCAACGUCGAUGGUGUAAAUGGCAAUGAGGAAAAACUGGCUCCUUACGAGGGUCGCAUUUACCUCGUUUCAUGAUUUACGAAUACCUGUGUCCCACUUUUCUUUUCUUUUCCUUUCUAUAUUUCCUAUAUUUCUUAUUCUAUAAUUUGUAUUUCCAUACUUCCUGUAUCUUUCAACUUCUCUUUCCUUCCUAUAUUCCUUAUAUUUCCUAUUCUAUAUUUUGUAUUUCCAUACUUCCUGUAUCUCUCUUCUUCUCCUUCUUUUUUCCUUAUACAAUUUUCUUCCACCUUUUCUUUUCAUACAUUUCUUUCUAUUUCAUUUCCUUCCUUCUUACUCUUCAUUUCUUCCUUUCUAUACUCAAGAUCAAGCAAUGGGCGUUCCAUGAGCAGAGCUAGGCUAUGGAUAGAUUGUAUUAUUAUUAUUUUUUAGAUUCUCUCCUUUUUUUCUUCAAAUAAAUAUUUCCAAGAACACAAGUUUUAUACCCAUGACAAUCAACAUGGUUCCGGU